AUGGGCAGUGGAACGUGUAGUAUGAGGCUGCACGGGGGAGACGAUAUGCAGUGUUGCCCUCGCUUUAUUACGGUCCUCCCAGGGCCUAUUGAAGCACAUGUGGUCAAGGUGCAUCCGCAGCUUCAAGCGAUUGCCUAG